GUGGCAACUCCUGACGUGGAGAAGCGGAUCGAGGAGUACAAGAGAGAAAACCCCGGCAUGUUCAGCUGGGAGAUCCGGGAUAAGCUGCUGAAGGACGGGGUGUGCGACAGAAGCACAGUUCCUUCAGGUGAGGCUUCAUCUGUGAGCUCCAUCAGCCGCGUUUUGAGGGCCCGAUUUGGCAAAAAAGAUGACGAGGAUGACUGUGAUAAGAAGGAUGAAGAUGGAGAAAAGAAAACAAAGCAUAGCAUCGAUGGCAUCCUCGGUGAUAAAUGCAUUGAGAGUGACUCCAUCUGCACUUUCUCGCAGCUAUUUGGCUGGGUGGAAAUUGAGGGAGACCCAAAUGUUGGGCAGAGAUAA